GGGUAUUUCAAUUCAACGAUCGUAGACCAUCACCGAAACACUUCCGAUCGAAAAGGAGAGGUUUCUUUUUUGGGGGUUUCGGAGGAAAAGACGGGAACUUUCACGGUGGGUUUGUCGGAAAAGAUGGCGAGUGUGCCGGAGAUAAAGAUAGUGAGGAGUGAGAGCUUGAGUCAAAGAAGUGACGUGUCGAGCCCGGAAGCGAAGCUUGGAAUGCGAGUCGAAGAUCUCUGGGAUGUUCAGGAGCCGCAGCUCAGUCCCACUGAUAAGCUCAACGCUUGCUUUGAGAGCAUCCCCGUCUCCGCCUUCCCGCCCGCACCUGCCUGCCAAGACGUCGAGAUCAAAUCCGAUGCAACUUUGGCUGAAGCUGUUGAGAUACUCUCGAAGCACAAGAUCUUGAGCGCACCAGUGGUGAAUGUCAAGGCAGCUGAAGAUGACAGCUGGAUUGACCGCUACCUCGGCAUUGUGGAGUUUGCAGGCAUCGUUGUCUGGCUUUUGCAUCAGUUAGAACCUCCAUCUCCCAGAAGCCCGUCUUCGGUUGCAGCUGUAAACGGAACUUUUCAUGAUGCUGAGGUUUCAGGCAAUGGGGAUUCAGCAGUAACAUCUGGAAACUUCUUUGAGGCUCUUACUUCAUCAGAGCUAUACAAGAAUACCAAGGUCCAAGAUAUAUCUGGAACAUUCCGAUGGGCUCCAUUUCUUGCUCUUCAGAAGGAGAACUCCUUUCUAACAAUGCUGUUGCUUCUUUCAAAGUACAAAAUGAAAAGCAUCCCAGUGGUGGAUUUGGGCGAAGCAAAGAUUGAGAACAUAAUCACACAAUCAGCAGUUAUCCACAUGCUGGCAGAAUGUGCCGGGCUACACUGGUUCGAGAACUGGGGAACCAAAACUCUAUCUGAAGUCGGUCUCCCCAUUAUGUCAAAAGGUCAUAUGAUCAAGGUGUAUGAUGAUGAACCGGUUCUUCAGGUGUUCAAGCUGAUGAGGAAAAAGAGAAUCGGAGGUAUGCCCGUGAUUGACCGGGAAAGUAAUAAACCAUUGGGCAACAUAAGCCUAAGAGACGUUCACUUUCUUCUCACUGCACCAGAGAUCUACCACGACAACAGGUCAAUCACUGCGAAGAACUUUCUAGAGGCGGUGAGGGAGUACUUGGAGAAUCACGGGGAGACAUCUGCCCCGAUGCUGAGUGGAGUGAUCGCUUGCACGAAGAACCACACCCUGAAAGAACUGAUUCUGAUGCUUGAUACCGAGAAGAUCCACAGAAUAUACGUAGUGGAUGAGGAUGGCAACCUCGAAGGCCUCAUCACGCUGCGAGACAUCAUCUCGAGACUGGUUCAUGAGCCGCCUGGUUAUUUCGGGGAUUUCUUCGAUGGGGUUUUGCCUCUUCCAGUGAACAGCCGAGUCUGACUUCCAACCAAGUGCCGCCGUUUCAGUGUGUUUGUGAUGUUUUGUACGUGUGAAUGAAUGAAUGAAACUGCUGUUUUGGUUCUUGUCUGAACAUUGCUUUUGAGACUCCGAGCUUUCUUGAUGACAGAAUCUGUGUUUAUAUACC